AUGCGAGAGCCCAGGGCGCUGGAAGCUCCGGUGAGGAUGAGCGGAGAAGUAGUGAAAGGGUUUGGGAGAGGAAGCAAAGUGCUCGGCAUCCCCACAGCCAACCUGCCGCACGACGCGCUGAAGCAACUGCCUCGCUCCUUUGAAACAGGCAUUUACUUCGGAUGGGCGACGGUUGACGGCGUUGGUCCUUACAAGAUGGUGACGUCGGUUGGAUGGAACCCGCAAUUCGCAAACACGAGCAUGACGGUGGAGCCCCACCUCCUCCACUCCUUCCCUGACGACUUCUACGGCUCUUCCAUCAAGAUCGUCAUCGUAGGUCACCUGCGGGCAGAAGCAAAGUUCGAGUCACUUGAGAGUUUGAUCGAUGAAAUUCACCUCGACAUUUCGUCUGCUGGAGAGCUGCUGGACUGUGAGCCUUACUCCUUCCUCCGGUCAGCCUGA